GGUAAUGGCCUAUGCUCAGCCAAAAGAGGUUGCCAAACAGCUGUGUUGCGCUAUCUGUCUGGAACAAUUCAAAGAACCAAAAGUGCUACCAUGCCUGCACACCUACUGUAAAGGGUGCCUUGUGAAAUUACUGAAAUAUCCUGAUCAUAUAGUAACCUGCCCAGAGUGCCGACAGGAUGUAAAAAUUACUGAAGGAGAUGUUGAGAAGCUACAGUCAAAUUUCUGGGUAAACAAUUUUAUGACCCUGCUAAGCAUGCAGGACAGCAACAUGGCUUCAUCCCAAAACACAUUGCUCUGUGAUCACUGUGACAGUGGCGAUCCAGCCGUCUCACGCUGCACCAACUGCUGUGUUUUCAUGUGCGAGUUCUGUGUUACUGCACAUAAAAGGAUCACUGCAACAAGGAGUCACGAGAUCUUUUCCCUGCAGGAAGUCAGAAAAGUUGGCUCGAAGGCCCUUGUCAAGCCAGCAUUCUGUGAAAAGCAUAGUGGGGAGCUACUCAAGCUCUUUUGCCAAACUUGCCAGAAAACAAUCUGCCGAGACUGCACCAUUGUCGAUCACCGAGAACAUAAAUACGACUUUGUGGCUGAUAUUGCUGAAAAAGAAAAAAGUUCUGUGCGAGCUAUUCUUGAGAAAUGCAUAACCAAAGAAAGAGCAGUUGCUGAAGCUCUGAAAGCAGUACAGAACAUGAAAAGCUGUGUCCUAACUAAAAUCUCAGAGGUAAACCAACAGGUAGAUAAUUUUAUCGAUAGGCAAGCGAAAAUAUUAGAGAAUCACCGUGCAAAGCUGAAAUUUGAAGCCAUAACACAAGGCCGUGUUACAGUCAAGCAGCUUGACAAUCAGGCAGACGGUCUCUCCUCCCUUUUGGCCCAGUUAAGAAGUGGCAUUGAUUUCACCAACCAGACCAUAGCAGAUGGAGACGACAUAAAGCUCUUGUCUCUGAAGACACAACUUGUCCAGCGACUUUCCCAGCUUAAUUCUUCACAAGACCAGUUGACACCUUGUCAGAUUGAUACUAUAAAGCUUAAAGUGAAAAGGUCGAUUGAUGAUGAGGGGGAAUUAGCAGAAGUAAGGUACCAACAGUGUGACCCCCAGAGGUGCACCAUCAGCAUGAAUGGGAGCGAAGGAGUUCUCUAUCAGACCAGAAAUAAUGAAAAUGUGCAUUUCAUACUAAUCAUCAAGGAUGAAACGGGUGAUAGAGUUACAGGAGGAGGACACAGAGUGAGCGUUCAUGUUCAAUUUGAACCUACCUCCGGUUACGAGGAUGAAACGUCUGGAUUAGUUGGGGACUACUGUUCAGCCAGUCACAAUGUAUCACCUUCCCCGAUGCCUCCGCAAGCAUUCUCUCCAGUCGGACUGUAUCCAUCACCCCGCUCGGUGGCUCAUUAUCAGCGUGGAUACUCGUUAGUCGAUUCUCAAAAAGCACCCCCUAUUAGACGUAAUGCAUCACCCCACUCGUUGGGUCUUGAUCGGUGGGGAUACUCGUCAGUCGAAACCUCUGCACAACCCCGCAGGGGAAUUAUGCAACCACAGUUUUCAGCCAGACACAAGGGAUCGCCAAGCCUGAUGGAUCGCAAAGUACCCGUUUUAGAUAGAGGUAAAGCAAUACCCUCCUUGGUGGCUUAUGGUCAGUAUGGUCAGGUAGAAUCAUACUCUUCAUUCGGGCAUCAACCAGCACCCGUUAUUAAUAGAUGUAAGGCAUCACCCCGCUCGGUGGCUCGUGAUCAGGUAGGAUACUUGCCAGUCAAAACCUUUUCACAAUCCCCCCAGGCAAAUCAACAAGCACAGUUUUCAGCCAGACAAAAUGCAUCUCUCUCCUGGGCGGAACAGCGAGUACAAGUAACAUACGGAGCCAUUCCAUCACCCAGCCAGGCGGAUCAGCAAGCACUUACAGUGCAAGAUAAUGGUGAUGGAUCAUAUACUUUCGAUUAUUUCCCGAAAUUGCCUGGAGCUUGUAGUCUUUCAGUUAUGGUUGAGGGUCAACCCAUAAACGGAAGUCCAUUUAACUGGCAAGUCUACACAGAGGAGGAUUAUUUGGAAUGGUAACCGGCAAAGUCGCCCGAAACCUGAGUCAUGUUGCCCGAAAUUUUUUAGUCAUGUCGCCCGAAAAAAAAGUUAAGUCGCCUAAAGAAACAAAUACCUAAAAGAUCAGACUUACAGUCUGUAAAUAGGCAGUAAAGUUGAGAAAUCUUUACAGCUGAAGCGCAACAACACCAUGAAGAUUCAACGGUAGGACUAUCGGGUGACUCGACUGUAAACCAUUUCGAAUACUUAAGCGAAAAGGAAUCGGGCUAAAAGAUAACUCGCUGAGGCUUAUUUAAAACAAUCAGAAACCUACACUUUCGCAUUGUUUAGGGGCUCUGAAGUAUGACAGCUUUUUUUAUGGUGGGUCGCGAGUAUCUGUUACUUCGUACGUAGAACUUAAACAUCGAAAGUGGUAGGAGGCAUGAUUGACAAUUUUUUGCCAGAACAAUUUUCCUGAAUUAUUAGAAAAAAAAGGAACUAGCGAGAUAUUUUAUAACACAGUUUCAUUUCUUUCCUCCAAAUUUGUUUCGCGAUCUGAACUGUCAGUAAUAUAAAAAUGCUUGUUUUGUGGAAGAGAGGAUGAAGUCACCAACAUACAAAACAUAUAAGUACAUGUAUUGUUAACAAAGUCCGUCGUCGAUUUACUGUAAGAGAGGUUUUGUGAUUGGACGCGUUUAGUCCGCCUAACGAAGAUGCGGAAACGUGCUGUUGGGUAGAAAGAAUUAAAUAUGGACAUAUUACAAUUAGGUUGGCUUGGGAUUUUACUGCUCUCGUGGUGGUAGGAAAAAUACUAGACAUUGGUGAGAUCGUCGACAUCACUGCCUUUUACAAAAUACAUUUCGUUUGGUGAGCAAGGAGACCAAAAUAAAUUAAUUUAAGUUACGUUGUCUGGGUAGAUACCCACAUAGAGAGAUCAUACAGAUAAAGCAUUGAUGUGUAGUUAUUUUUUGGCUCAAUUGCAGUACACUCAGCCCACUCAUUUGCAUAUUUCGGCAGCCUUUGAAGAACCAGUCAUGAAAGAGUAGACAUGAGAGAGGCUCUUGUUUAAUGCCCAUGAUAGGCUGGGUA